CAUUAAAAAAGGGAAUUAUGUGUGUACACAAAUGGGAUUAAUGAUUUCUAUUGGCACAGGUACAAAAAGGAGCAAUCGCGAAUUAUUAAAGGACUGCAGAUGCAAAAGCAAUACAAAUCACCUCUCCCCUGGUACAAUAUAGUAGCAGAUAUGUUAAAAAAAGUGAUCAAUGAUGAGGAAAAGGUGAAUUCUGUGGCAAUUGUAAAGUCUGUGCCACCUGACACGUCAGUCCUGAAAUCUUUAAGUAGUGAUAAUAUACAUUAUCCCAGACAAAAAGAUGAUAAAUUGAGGAUUUCUCCAUGUACCAAUGAGACUUGCAACGCGGUUACAAGAAGAAGUAGAUCGGCUCGUUCCAGCAUCAAAUUUACGUCUAGCACAACUACUGAUACCAGAUCGAAUAUGCGAACAAAAUAUAUUCUUUGUCCUCAAGCGAGAAACACUUCGGUAGCUCGACAAAAAAACGGAAGUUCAAAUUACAAACCUAGAAAAAAUAUUAAUUCGGCAGCGACAGUUAUUGAUCCAGCGAAAGAAAGUACCAAGAAGUAUGAGCCACCAUUUUUAAAAUGUCCUUCGUGUGGUUGGAAACAUACAAAAUAUAAAACCAUUGAAAAUAAUGUAGAAAAUUCUAAACAGGAACAAAGAGUUGUUACUCCCUAUGUUAAUUCCUACAAUGAUUCUCCUAACUUGAAGUAUACACCAUGCAGUGGAUGUAUUAAAGGUAUAUCAUACUACAAUUAUAUAGAUGUAAGAAUUAUAUUGAUGUAUCUUUGCAAUACAAUAAUUUUGCUGGACAUAACACGUUGUUCCAAUCAUGCAAAAAUGUACGCAGAUGACUCUGGAGACUUUGUACAUGUGAAGGACUUACACAAAUCAACAGCAUUAUCCUCUGCGCCAACUACGCUCCCAAAAUUAAAUGUUGGAGUGCAGACUAUAGAAUCCUCUCAAACACAGGUGGUACAACUUGAUCCCACUGUGACAAAUAUAUUUGAAGGUGGUAUCAUAGAAGCAAAUACUCGAUUCAAAAUUAUUUUGCCAGAUUCAAAAACAGGUUCAGGGGGGAAUACAGUAGGAACUCAGAGUGUUUGUCAAUGUACUCAAGGAGUUCAGUGCUUGAAACCUGAAUUGUGCACAAAGGAAACGCAACUAUCUCCUAAGUUCAAUGCAAAUGAUACAUGUACUAAUACCGUGACUUCCAGAGAGUGGGGAACACAAUGUACAAUAUGUAUAUCAAAUAAAAUUAGUCAUUGUGCCUCUACUCAGACGUUAGAUCGUACAAAAGAAAAACAAUCAGGAGUCCAUAGUGCAAAACAAAGUUCAAAGGAUCUAGUGAUAAAUAAAGAAAACCAAGCAGCAAAAGAAAUCCAAUGCACGAUUUGCAUCUCACGAGGAAAUUUGACUCGUUCUUCCUCUUUUGAGAAAAUGAAGGACAUUGGAACAACAUCAUCUGUUCAUAAAAUUCAUAGUAAAGAUUCUAUAACUCCAAGAAGUUUUAAAAGUAUUUGUAUUGGCGGACAGUGUAUACCUCCAACUCGAGCAAAGUCCCAUGGAUCUGUGAAGCGUCGUAUCCGACAUAAAGAUUGCAAAGAAGUUGCGACGGGCGAAACUGAGGUAUACACAAAGUCAUGUAAUACGGAAACGUGCCCGCGUAAUGUGUCCGAACUGAUGAAGGAGCCUACAGUAACAUCUGCAUUGCAACAACUUUUGUACAAGAUGUUAUCUUUCAAAUUGAAUCGCGUGUCUCAAUGUGUAAAGUCGCAAACCGAUUACGAACAGAAAAAGUACAGUGUUAGUUGUGCAACUGAUACAACCGAGAUGGUGAACAAAAUUAAAGAACUCGCGAUGACGGUAAUGGAAACCAGUGUCUCUAAAGAUGAAUCGAUACAAACCUUGGUUGAUGCAGAAACUCCUAACGUCUGUGUAAAUAAACUGACGAUGACCAAGGAAGAUCUUUAUAAACCCAUUUAUCAAUGCACUGGUGUCCAAGGAGAUGGAACUGGCCCAAUUUCUCCAUUAGAACGUUCAGUCACUGAUAAAGGAAUCUGUACCCAUUGUGAGUGCCGAGAUAUUGGUAUUAAUGGAUCAUUAUUACAGACUUGCAACGCAGUGGUUCAAAAUGAUUUGGAUAAUUCUCUGUGUUCGAAUAAUUCGAAUAUGGAUAAACAAAAGAAAAUUACUGUUGGUACUCAGAAACGAGAUCCUAUAUUAGUCAGAGUGAUAAAGUGUACUGAAAAUCAGACAACUAAAAAGUCAAACAAGGAAACGCUAACUACAAAAACUGAUGAUGAGCUUGAAAUGAAAUCUUCUAACAAACGUAUUAAAGCAUGUGACAGAUUCACUUGCAUCCCUUAUACAGUUUGUCGACGAUCAAAGCAAGAAGAAUCUUUAAAUCAGGAAGAGCACAAAUACCAUGUUAAUUGUGAUUAUCGUGAACGAUCAUACGUGGAUCCUUGUGAUGAUAAAUGCAAGAACAAACUGCAUCAGGAUUGGACGAAUAUUAUGAAUGUCGACGCAUUUAACAAUAUCCAUAGUUCUAAAAUUCCGUUAUGUAUGAAACCAACACGUAAAUGCACUUUUGCAAGAAGCAAAUAAUUGUAAUUUACAUGCAAAUUUCGUGGAUAGUACAUAUAGACGUAUAAUCAAUCAAGUUGAUUAUACAGAAUUUUAUCUCGGGGUACGCCCUUAAUGUUAUAGGGUUGAACUUUAAUUAAUUAGACUAGAAUUGUUUUUGCGCUUGUUACUUUUAGUCUAUUUCCAGUUUAAUAAACGUAUUGAACUAUAUUCAUGUACAAACUACAGGAAAUUACAUUGCACAUUAUUUUGAGAAAUCGAUUUAUCGAUUUCUUCUACUGUAACUUCGAACAUAUCAUCAAUGAGUUUUUCAUCAAUAUCGCAAUUAAACAUUAAUGAGUAGGUCAUAAAUAUAUUUGGCAUUAAAAUGUUUUCUUUUUAAGACUAGUCUCUCAAGGAUGAUGUAUCGGACUACGAAAAUGGAAGAGCAAACUUCAUUUUAUUACAUGAAAAUGUACAACGUUCUGACAGUGGAACAUUUAUAUGAAAAUUAAAUCAUUUAAUUUUCAUAAUAAAUUCUGUUCACAUCGUUGAGUCAAAGGCAAAUAUUUUGAUACCUGUACGUGUAAGUAUUUACCAGUCAUUGAUAUUGUAAUAAAAUAGUAUAAAAGAGGCGCAAAUUACCUCGUUGUGUAUUUUUACAUAUUUUUAAAUUUUCUGUCAAAUAUUUUAUAAUCGAAAUCUUAUCACUGAAAUAUGCAUCGAAACUAUAUAACUUCAUUAACCUGAGUAUGUUUGCUCGUACCUUCAUGGUAGAUACCGCACGAUAGAACAACGAUUCAGUUUCUUGUCGCUACUAGAUGCAUGCCAAAGUUAAGAUACUUCAAAUUAAUCUUAAUAAUUUUUGACAUGCAUUUACAUUAUAAGGAAGAUUGCGUAUGAUACGUCAAAAUCGUCGUAUCGAUAACUUUAAAUUCGUUCGCUAUAACUUCAUGUCUGGUAUAUAUAUAUAUAUUAUCAAAAAAUCGGCAACAAGGGACAUAUUUCUAAUGCUCACGCAAUCAAAUUACGUAUACCUUAUCGUUUCUAAGAACAAUCAUUUUCGAUUAUCCGAUAUAAUUAAUAUUAAAAUUACAAUCAUUUUUAUAAAAUCGUCAGAUUGAUUAUGAACAGCGUGCUAUUAAAUUACACCUUCAGUGACAAAUGGUUGUUAACAGACAUAAUACUGUUGAUUUUCUCAGUAAUUGAAGUCACACUCCCCGCUGUAUAUAUCACUCAUCCUUAUUAAAAUAUAUAUAAUAAUAAAUUAUUGUACUUCUGAUAUUUAAUGAUUUGUCGGUGGUCACGCUUUAACAUGCGAGUAUCAUAUGGCUAGUUUCAAAUUGUUUCCGUUCAUUGUUUCUUUAGCAAGUCGUUGCUAAUAUUAAAAUUAAUUUCUUUAGAAACUUUAUGCACCUGUCGAAGAAUAACAUAAAUAUAAUAUACGUUUCUACGUUUCGUUUUGAAACAGAGUUAUGUAAUUCGCACGCAUAGUAUUAUUUAAGGGUAUACGUACAAAAUGUACAAACGUUUAGUCCUUUUUCUUGGCAUCUGCUUUCUCGUCUUUGGCUUGGCCUCGGCCCAGCAAUCUGGCUAACGAAUCCCAAAUACCUCCGAGGAACAACGCGCAGAACAGAUUUUCGAAAGGUACAAACGGAUCAUGGAUGCCCAGUAAAAUGGAUGACAGCUAAAACAAAUUUGACAACAUUACAAUUGAAUAUUAAAAAAUCCUUCGAAUUGGUAUAAGAAAAGCAACAAUCCUUAAACGGCGAAUGAAAUGUUUUUGUACCUUGAAAUACACAAAGAAGAUAACAAUACCAAAGUAAACCACUGCAUGAGGUGCUGAAAUGAGAUCAGUCUUUUUGUCUAGGACGAAAAUGAUUGAUGCAACCAUUGAAGCUUUCGUAGGGCUAAAAUAAUAAAUUAUUUUUCGUAAAAUAUUCCGUUAUUAAUUGUAAAAAUAAUUUACAGAAAACAAAGGAAGAAAUUAUACGUACAAGCUAGGUUGCAUGAAUUCCAUAGCAGUUGGGGUCCAUAUACCACGUAUAAGGCGUUCAAACAAUUUUGUAAAGCCUGCACCAUUGCCUGCAAAUAAACAGAGUAAGUGAAGUUUAUGUUUUUCGCUAUAUACUUUUUUUGUACAUUAGUAUUUUAACAUUAAUGUUUACCCUUGAGUGUUCCAAUUAAGAUCAUGAUAAGAUAUGCAUUUGGGUAAAGUUUUCCUGCAUGACUGACUCCAUCGUAUACCUUUUUACACCUAAAAUUAUUGAAAAAUGAAAGAAAUAUAAAUUACUACUACUACUAAUAGUAAUAACAAUAAAUAUUUUUGCAUGUUUACCUGUAUAUUUCUUUCAGAACUGCGCAUACAAGUUUUACUGGUAGAAAUUUGGCUACUUUGUAUCCAAUAUCAAAUGGUGUAUAAAAUACCACAUACCUAAAUGCGUUAAUAAAUUUAUUUAUAAAUGUAUUUUAUUAAUAUUACUUGUAAUAGACUGCAAAAUAGCUUUCAGAAACACUUGUAUUUAACUAUAAAUAAACAGUAAUAUACUGACCAAACAACGGUUGCAACUCCAAUUUCUGGUGUAUUUUUCAAUGGUGCGAUAAUUGGCUCCCCCAAGAGUCCAUUGCAUAGCAUACCACUUGCAAAUACUACCAACAUUGUUGAUAGCCAACAUGACAAGGGAUGUUUUCGGGAGAAUGUUUGCGCACCUAUUCCAUAAAUUUGUAUAUUUAUAAAAUUUAGAAAAAAAGUUAUGGAUCUUGUUACUAUACACAAAACAAAGUAUUUCUUUUAAAUUCUAUGCAUGAAUCGUAAAAAGUUAUAUCCAUAAAAAUUUAUAUAACUGUAAAUAAAGGAUUUCCAGUAAAUAAAAUAAUAAAAAUAGUAAAGAAACUUUUUAAGUAAUUUCAUAGAUAUUCAAUACGCUAUGAAAUAUCAAAGGGUAUGCUAAUUCAACUAGGUCACUCAGAAUCCUUAUAAGUAUGCUAUGAUGUAUGCACAUACAUAUAUAAAUGUGAUCCAAGUUACCGCAAACAUAGAGUUAAUAUUUACACUGCAUAUUGCUUUUAAAAAUUUCAUUCAAAGGUGGGUACAGCCUAGAAUAAAGAAGGCAUUCAACCAUUAAAGCAAUUCUAGUUAUUCAAAGGUUUAUUCUUCAUGGUUCAUU